UGCGUCUCCUUUGACAGCUCUGACAUUUUCAGGCACGCUUAGAAAAUCACUGUGAAGUAAUACACCCAGAAACUAAAGCAAUUUACACAAGCAGAAUACAAGAAAACAGCUUCGAGUAUUAGGCGGCAAGCUGACAGACUCUCAACAACUCCCGUGUUAUAAUUUCCAAGCUUAAAAUCAUUUUAAGUGGUUGUUUACAAACGCUGUUCACCAGUAAAGCAUAUCAAGUCGCCAUAAUCCCAUAAUAACUGUGAAAUAUUGUGUAUUAUUCGUCGGACGGUGAAUUUUCAAUAUGACAAUCGAGAGUGCGUUUGGAACUUUACAUAGCGAGCCUCUUGGAAGUGAUAACCUAUGAACUGACAUGCGUAUAGAGUGCGUCGUGUUACCGCGGCACCGUACACACGCUCUGUAAAACCUAGGCUAUGUAAAGCCCAUGACUUAGCUCGUAAAUCUUAUCAAAAUUAAUACAUAUCAUUAUUGUGCCUGUACACUAAACAUAUCUCUUAUAUUUACAUUUUUAUUAUAACAUUGAAAGUCAUUUUUGAGAUUAUUGCGAUUUUAAAUAUAAAUUAUACAUUAUAUCAUAUAUAAAGACGUUUGAGUAAGAAGCUGAAUCGAAUAUCAACAACUACCUCUCUCACAAGGAAAUUCUUUAAGGAGUGGCUAACGAGUAAAUAUCAACGUACACGAAUGAAGACACAAGUGCUCAGGCGCUGAAAACUGAUAAACAGUCGCUAUUAGGCGCGCCAUAAUUAUUCACUUUAUUAGUUGAAGCAAACAGUCAGUCGGGAUCGCGUACCGCAACGCACUAGAGCUGCGUCGUAGUCGAUAUCGAUAUCGAUACCGCGUCGCGCUGCGUCCGGUACCUCCCCUGUCGCUGCAACAGUCGGUGCUCGCCAGAGUCACGUGACUCGGCCGGCACGCCCCGCCACAGCCGUGGAUAACCUCGGCCAAAGUCCCCUCCCGGUGAAGAGGCUGCACGAAGCGCUUCAGAGUGCGCAAGUGAAGCGCCAGCGGCUUUCCCCUCCAUACCCCGCACCUCCCGCCUCUCUCCAUCCGAUUCACCAGCUCGCCGUGCACCAACACAUCAAAGUGCAGCAAAGUAUAGUGCAACAGAGCAUCGUGCAGCAACACCAGUUGAACCUGGCCCACCAGUCGCUGCAAAACCUGCAGGCGCAACAAAGUCUGCAGGCCCAGCAGAGCCUCCAGGCGGCACAAAGUCUCCAGGCGGCGCAGAGCCUGCAAGCGGCGCAGAACCUUCAGGCGGCUCAAAGCCCCGCGGCUACGGGUGGCGCAGGCGCGCAGCAGGCGGCAGGAGCGACACAAGGCGCGCUGGUGCCGCCGCAGCAGCCUUCGCCGCGGGCCGCAUCCCCACAACACAAGAACAUGGAGCUGGCGCUCUGUCAAAGCAUGGACUCCGUCAACACCGCUACUACUGAGGAAGAGGUGCGGACGUUGUUCGUGAGCGGUCUGCCGAUGGACGCCAAGCCACGGGAACUCUAUCUGCUGUUUCGAGCAUAUGAGGGCUAUGAGGGUUCCCUGUUAAAGGUUACGAGCAAGAACGGGAAAACAGCUUCGCCCGUGGGAUUCGUCACGUUCCAUACCAGAGCCGGCGCCGAGGCAGCCAAGCAAGACCUUCAGCAGGGCGUCCGGUUCGACCCCGACAUGCCGCAAACGAUUCGGCUGGAGUUCGCUAAAAGCAACACGAAGGUCAGCAAGCCGAAGCCGGCAGUUGCCACAGCCGCGCCAGCUGCACACCCCGCAUUGAUGCACCCACUCACUGGACACCUAGCGAGUCCGUUCUUCCCGGGCGGCGGCGCGGAGCUGUGGCACCACCCGCUAGCGUACGGCGGCGAGCUGCCGGCGCUCUCGCACGGACUCGUGCAUCCCGCCAUCCACCCGCAGAUGGCGCCCGUCCGCUCUUACCUCUGACUAGCUGCCGCCGACAGGCCACACCACACUCCCCUGACGCUGGGCGCGUGCGUACUACCUGCGCCGGCGCUGGGGUCGCCGGGCGCGGGGGUGCCGGCGCAUGCGCCCGCGCCCGCCGCCCACGCCGCGCACCCUGCGCACUCCGCACACCCUGCGCACACUGCGCCGCCCUGCUCCACCCUGUUCGUCGCCAACCUGGGACAGUUCGUCUCCGAGCACGAGCUUAAGGAAAUAUUCAGCAGCUGCCCGGGGUUCUCGCGCCUUCGCCUGCUCAGCGCCGGCAGCGGCGGCGGCACCACUAGCCCGGUGGCCUUCGUGGAUUUCGCUAGUCCGCCGGACGCCGCCGCGGCUAUGGCACGCCUGCAGGGAGCCCUGCUUCUCAGCUCAGAGGGGGCCAUCCAUCUCGAAUAUGCGAGGCAUAAGAUGGCACACAACGGCUGGAUUCUCGCACAUGAAGGAGCCAAAAGCGGAGAAGAGAGCGAACAGCAUUAGUUCGUUCGUGGCUCUCGGCACUUGACAACCAGCUAACUGAGGGACGCGCACUCUCGAUCCUCUGAAUCGCAUCGGAACCACACCAACAGGAGACGGGGCACACACCAACUGCUCCAGCGUAUACGUAUACCCACACUACGGCUAACGUGACGUCAUAAUAUUGUCAACAUUGUGAAAGGCGGAACAGGCGCAGGACCGCGAUGUGCUCAGUCUCCUCUUUAAUAUAGUAUUUCACAGCGUCGGGGAUGUGGUGUUGUUGUUGUUUUUAAACCAAAUUGAUCAUGUUUUAAUUGUAAUAUUAACAUUCCAGGUUGAUUAUUUACCUUUCUAAUGAGAAUAUGUAAAA